AUGUCCUGUAAAUCACAUUUCAGGUCUUCAGAAGUCAAACAAGAACCACAAAAAAUGCCAACACAGUUUGUUGACGUUGAUUCAAACAAUGAAAUAAGAGCAAAAAUUGCUUAUAAUGGUGAAAUUUUGAUAACUUACAUUGAUCAGAAUAUAACAUUGGAGCAGUUAUGUCAGGAAAUCAGGGAGAUAUGUCGAUUCCCCUAUGAGCAAGAAUUCACCAUGAAGUGGGUGGAUGAGGAAGGAGAUCCUUGCACAAUUUCAUCUCAGAUGGAACUCAAUGAAGCAGUGAGGCUGUAUGAACUCAACAGAGAUUCUGAGCUGACAAUUCAUGUUUUUCCAAAUGUACCCUCUCAGCCUGGUAUGCCAUGUCAAGGAGAAGACAGGAGUAUUUAUAGAAGAGGUGCUAGACGUUGGAGGAAGCUUUACAGGGUCAAUGGACACAUAUUCCAAGCUAAGAGAUUCAAUAGGAGGGCCUUCUGCGCCUUUUGCAACGACAGAAUCUGGGGCUUGGGCAGGCAAGGCUUCAAGUGCAUACAAUGCAAGCUGCUGGUGCACAAGAAGUGCCACAAGGCAGUCAACAAGCCGUGCACCAGCGAGCACCAGGAACCCAUAGUUAGAGGGGAGGAACACAACGGGGGGGAUUCCCAGCACCACCAAACUGCCCUCAACGAGAUAGCUGCGGAGUUGAGAGAGCGGGAGUUCUCCGAACCGCCGCCAGAUGUCACAGGGGAAUCGGUACCAGUGGAAGAUCCCAACAAACCUGUGGACGAUCUAGAACCGGGUUCCCAACGCCAGUACUCUCUCAACGAUUUCGAGUUGAUCCGGGUGAUCGGUCGUGGUUCCUACGCCAAAGUUCUGAUGGUGGAGCUGAAGAAGACGAAACGUAUCUACGCUAUGAAGGUGAUCAAGAAGGCCUUGGUGACCGACGACGAAGACAUCGAUUGGGUGCAAACGGAGAAGCACGUUUUCGAGACGGCUUCCAACCAUCCGUUCCUUGUUGGUUUGCACUCGUGCUUCCAGACGCCGUCCCGGCUGUUUUUCGUCAUCGAAUUCGUGAGAGGAGGCGAUUUGAUGUUCCACAUGCAGAGGCAACGCAGGUUGCCGGAAGAACAUGCCAGGUUUUACGCUGCCGAGAUCUCCUUGGCCUUGAACUUUUUGCACUGCAAGGGCAUCAUCUAUCGCGACCUGAAGCUCGACAACGUCCUUCUAGACCACGAGGGACACAUCAAAUUGACCGACUACGGCAUGUGCAAAGAGGGCAUAAGGCCUGGAGAUACGACUUCCACUUUUUGCGGCACGCCGAAUUACAUAGCGCCGGAGAUAUUGCGAGGGGAGGAUUAUGGGUUUUCUGUCGAUUGGUGGGCCUUAGGCGUCCUCUUGUACGAAAUGCUCGCCGGUCGAUCUCCCUUCGAUAUAGCCGGCGCCUCAGAAAACCCCGAUCAGAACACCGAAGACUACCUCUUCCAAGUCAUCUUAGAAAAGACGAUCCGUAUCCCGAGAUCUCUCAGCGUGAAAGCGGCCAACGUGCUCAAGGGGUUCCUCAAUAAGAACCCUGCUGAUAGAUUGGGGUGCCACAGCCCGGAUGCUUUCAUUGAUAUUACGGGGCAUCAGUUUUUCAAGAGCAUCGAUUGGGAUAUGCUUGAGCAAAAGCAAGUCCCGCCUCCGUACAAACCGCGCCUGGAUUCCGAAAGAGAUUUGGCCAACUUCCCGCCAGAAUUUACGGACGAACCGGUGCAUCUGACACCAGAUGAUCCCAGAGUGAUCGAAAAGAUCGACCAAUCGGAAUUCGAGGGCUUCGAGUACGUCAACCCUCUGCUCAUGUCGCUGGAAGAUUGCGUGUGA